AGAAAGCCGCUCCGAGGAGCUUCUGUCUGUAACUGGGAAGCCUUUUCCAGAGGGGCAUGGCAGGGGCCGCGAGGACCACCAAGGAGCCCCUCGACCCCGUAAGCCAGAACAAGAUCUUCUGCGAGACGGUCCAGAAAGAACUGCGAUGCCAGCGGCUGCAUACGGAGUACGGGGUGAACCCCCUCUUGAAGGUUCACACCAUAACCACAAAGCCGAUGUCUUGGCAUGAUAACUUAGAGGAGCCCGCUGAUGAUAAAUUCCUGAAACUCUUCCAUCAUGCUGCACUAGAACCAACCAAGAAAUACAAAGAACCACAAACAGAAAGCCAGGAAAUUGGCUGGUUUUCCACACCUUUGAUUAGUACUGACCGGAAUGAUAGCAGACUGAACUUUCCAAGCCGAAGCACUGAAAUCACCAAAUAUAUGGCUGCCAUGUGGCGUCUCAAGGAGAUGAUGAAGGACAACAGAUAAGGUGGACAUAUCAUAGGAAUUUGACAGACCCCAGCCAUUACUUUAGGAUUUCCAAUCUGCACUCUCCCAACUGUCUCAUUUAGCAAAGUAGAUACUGUAGACAAGGAACAGCUCUGCUGAAACAUUUAAGUGCUUGCAAUAAACCUGCCACAAAAUGUUGCCUCUGCCCUCCUAUAUCUAUUUUAUACAGAAAUCAGUUUUUACUAAAUGGAAGAUCAAGUCCACAUUGAGAAGCAAUUGAAAGAAGAGGGAGUUUCAUAGCAAUUGACUGGUAAGAGACCACAUUCAGCCCCUCAAUGCAGGGGACCCAGUGGUCUUAGUGGUGGGUAGACUGAAAUGACUGAAACCACAACAGCUACUAUUUCAGAUAAAUAACAUCAACAGCCUGUGCCAGAUGGCACUGUCUACUCAGCCCUGGGUGCCUGUACAGAGUCAAAAUAGGAGUCCAGGUGCCUCCCCGGCUUCGCCAUAAAACUGAUCACAGAUCACAUCCUCAGUACCCAUUCAGCAACAUUCAUAGUGAAAGCUGAU